AGAAAAAGAAAUCUGUACAAAGGUGGCGUUUCUGCCAGGCUAGUAAGUGUGACUAGGAUGUUGACAUGCAGAGACAAAGAGGCCUGGCAUGCCAGAUUUAGAGAGUGGCAGACGCAACCUCACGGAGAUAAGAGACACAGUGUGACUAGGAAGCACCAGGGGUUCCCCCAGGAGAGAGGAUGUGAGAAAGCACUGGUGGGCAGAGGAGGCAGAGGUGAGAUCAUGGAAGGGCUCAGUCUGGGUGAUUCUGACCUGGCUCCAGAGGUGGUGGGAAGGGAGGAGAUGGAAGGCAAGGGCUGGGAAGAGAAUGGAGGCAGCAAGGCCAGAGAGAGACUGUUAGAAUUUGAAACUUGCCACAUGUGCUUCCUGGACCCAAAGAGACAUGCCCAUUCGGUCCACCUACCAAAGUACUGCAUUACAAAGGUGCAUCAGGAUACAGGCUCUCUGCUAGGACAGGAACCCCUAAAUAUAGUGGCUUAAGUACAGGACUUUCUUUCUCCCUCCCCUAACUUUCCAGAGAGAGGCAGCUGUUUUCCACGAGGUGGACCAGGCUCUCAAGCUGUCUGCCUUGUAGAUCUACCUCCACGUCAUUCAAACCCCACCCUGCUUCAGGAGCAAAAAGGAGUGGGUGGCAACCAACUUCCUUUGACUGGGAAGUCCCUUCCUUGAGGGCUUGGUCCUUUCUGCUCACAUCCCAUUGGCCAAAAUUGAGUCAAAUGGACAGACCUAGCUGCAAGGGAGGCUGAGAAAUCCAGCUACCAACAGGUUGGCCUCACGCCACUGGACAGUGUUUCCUAACUAGAAAAAGUACAGCGUGGAUGUUGGGGAUGGCUCGUCUCUGCCACAGAUGAGUUUCCACUGCGUUUGAUAGAUGCUUUGUGAGGAUCUAGGAGCUUUGUCCAUCUCCAAAGCAUAAUUUAGACCAAUGCUGCUCACUAUUCCUCUUGUGAUUGUGGAAAUGUUGCUUUCUGACUCAUCCAGUAUGGUUACCGUGAGCCACAUAGCAGUGUGGAGCAUGACACACAUGGCAAGUGAGGAAAUGAAAUACUAAUUUUAAUUAAUUUUAACCAUCCAUGGCCAGUGGUUAUUGUUUCCAGGCAGCCUACAUCUGGACCGUGGGAUUGGAAGGGAACAGGCUAUCUGUGAUGAUGCAUUCGAAGUGCCUGCUCACCCAGUAACAUCGUCCCCCUUUUCUCACUUGAAAAGCCCAAGUGCGUGGUUGUCUUUCUGUUUGGUGAGCAAGACAUGAUUGGGACGGUGCCGGAGUGUGAAGGAGUUUGAGAAGCUGAACCGCAUCGGGGAAGGCACCUAUGGCAUUGUCUAUAGGGCCCGGGACACCCAGACGGAUGAGAUUGUUGCCCUGAAGAAAGUGCGGAUGGACAAAGAGAAGGACGGGGUCCCCAUCAGCAGCCUUCGGGAGAUCACACUGCUUCUUCGCCUUCGCCAUCCGAAUAUCGUGGAGCUGAAGGAGGUGGUUGUUGGGAACCACCUGGAGAGCAUCUUUCUGGUGAUGGGUUAUUGUGAGCAAGACCUGGCCAGCCUUCUGGAGAACAUGCCGACACCGUUCUCGGAGGCCCAGGUCAAGUGCAUUGUCCUUCAGGUGCUCCGAGGACUUCAGUACCUGCACCAGAACUUCAUCAUCCACAGGGACCUGAAGGUUUCCAACCUGCUCAUGACUGACAAAGGCUGUGUGAAGACAGCGGAUUUCGGCCUGGCGCGGGCCUAUGGCAUCCCAGUGAAGCCGAUGACCCCCAAGGUGGUGACGCUCUGGUACCGGGCCCCCGAACUGCUGUUGGGAACUACCACGCAGACCACCAGCAUUGACAUGUGGGCCGUGGGGUGCAUCCUGGCCGAGCUGCUGGCUCACAAGCCCCUGCUCCCCGGCACUUCUGAGAUCCACCAGGUGGACCUGAUUGUACAGCUGCUGGGGACACCCAGUGAGAACAUCUGGCCGGGUUUCUCCAGGCUGCCACUGGUGGGCCAGUACAGCCUGCGCAAGCAGCCCUACAACAACCUGAAGCACAAGUUCCCGUGGCUGUCGGAGGCCGGCCUGCGCCUGCUGAACUUCCUCUUCAUGUAUGACCCCAAGAAAAGGGCAACGGCCAGAGACGGCUUGGAAAGCUCCUACUUCAAGGAGAAGCCCCUGCCCUGUGAGCCGGAGCUCAUGCCCACCUUCCCCCACCACCGCAACAAGCGGGCUGUUCCGGCCACGUGUGAGGCCCAGAGCAAGCGCUGCAAGCCGUGACCGUGACCGGCAGGAGGCCUCUGCAGUCCGGGCUGACGACGCUGCUAGGAUCCGGCUCGCCCUUUGACUGACACUGACCAGCUGCUACAGCUGACUGCACUCCCUUCUCCAGAAGAACAGGGUGGGUGCACCCGAGAAGGGCCUGACACUCAGUCUGGGCACCCGUGGCCACGCCCACAGCCGGCCCUCUACAGCUGUGCAGAAGCUCAGGCCCUCACUUCCCAAGAGCAAAGGGCCGCUGGGCCCAUCUCAGUGGGUGUUGCUAGUGUGGGAUGGGCAGACCCCCCACAUGGUUGCCUGCAUCCCGUCCUGGGCCCCAGGGUCUGUCUGAGGCUCUGGUAAGCCUCCCCCUCCCCCCCCCCACCCCGCCCCAGCGGCAGGGCUGGUGACACUCAGAUGGGAAGGAGGGGUCGGGUGUGGGUCACAUCCCGCCUGAUGGACUGGGGUCUGGGCCCUGUCCCUGCCCCCACACUGAGGCCCAGACGGGAAGGGGCACGAGUGAGUGCUAACAGAAGCUCAGAGAGAUGAAAGUUUUUCUAACAGACGUGAACAGGUUCAAUGUCCUUUAAUGAA